AUGCGCGAUAUCUCCGCCAGACGACUGGGGAAACGCUUUGUGAAUCGGAUCGUUUUCUUUUUCGACCCAAAGAAAAAGAAGGCUUACGAACUGAAGCAGUAUAGGAAAUAUCUCGCGAGUGCAGACGAGGAAUUCCAGGCAAAAUUCGCGGCGAACGCCUUGCCGAAGUCUGAGCUCGGUAAAUUCGUGAUUCUGGGUUAUGUUGCAUCAGGCGCAUUCGGCACAGUGCUCAAAGCCCGCCAUGAGACAGACACGAAGCCAUGCGCCAUAAAAAUCCAGAGCAAGGAGCGGGCCGUGAAACGACACUUCCCUGAAGGUCCGAUCGCGGAAAAGAAAAUGCAAGCUGCUCUCGACAGCGAGUUCGCCGUCAAAGCUCUAUACGGGUUCCAAGAUCCGACCAACCUCUAUCUGGUGAUGGAAUUCGCCGAAUACGGAGAUGUUCGAUCUCAAUUGAUCGACAAGGAAGGCGUCCUGUCGGAAGAGGCCGUGAAAUUCUUCGUCGCACAAAUCGUUCUGGCCUUCGAGUACUUGCACGCAUGCAAAAUUCUAUAUCGAGAUUUGAAGCCGGAAAACGUGAUGAUGUUCGAGGACGGUUAUCUCAAAGUGGGAGAUUUCGGAUUGGCGAAGCGAAGCGACGGAGAGAAAACCUCCACUUACGUCGGGACUAUAUAUUAUAUGGCGCCCGAGAUAGUAUUGAGAGAAAUGUAUGGUGUCGGAGUUGAUUGGUGGGCUCUUGGGGUUUUCACUUAUGUCUUGUUUUUCAAAGACUACGGUUUGACAAACGCCGACUGGACAGAUCGCCAGAUACACCUCGCGAUCGUGAAACAUGAAUUGGAAUUUUCGGACUCUCGCACCAUCAGCGAAGCGGCUCAAAACUUCAUUCGGGGUUUGAUGACGAAAAAAGUCUCGUCCCGACUGGGUACAAUGGAGCGAGGUAUCGCGGAUAUCAAAGAGCAUGCCUGGUUCGACCUGGACUUCAUGCAAAUCUACCACAAGAAAGCGAAGAUCCGCAUCGAACUCAGUCCACGAUAUAUCAGACCCUAUGACAUAUUCCAAAUAGUGCCCCGGGUGCAUCGAGAAGACAUCCACCGGGAAACGUUCAAGGAGUUCUGA